GAAGGCUAAAGACAAAGAUGAUGAAAGCAGGGAGCUGUGGUAUGGCUGGGGACCCGUUAAACCAAGGUUUUUGCAGUGGUUCAAUAGCCUGGCGUUCUUCAUGCCAUGUGCUGCCAUCUUAUUCUUCACCAUGGGGUUUGCAUCUGGCUGGGUGGGGACUGCCUUGGAGGAGAUUGAGAAGCAGUUCCACCUGCCUAGUACCAUCAGUGCCACCCUUGCAACAGCCUCAGACCUGGGCAACUCCUGCAGUGUGGCCUUUAUCAGCUAUAUCGGCAGCAAGUUCAACAAGGCCAAAGGACUUUCGUUAGGCAUGUUCCUGUUCGGUGUUGGUCUUACUCUGAAUUCACUGCCUCACUAUCUGUUGGAGCCAUACACAGCUCCAAGUCAUGCUGUGAACAGAACACACGAACCACCAACAACCUGCCCUACUAACUCGUCAUCUUCUGCGAAUAACAGCGCGGUUCAAGCAAGUGAAGGUCAAGGUGGCAUGGGCUACUUCUCGAUGCUGCUUGCGGGCCAGGUGCUCUCGGGUAUCGGCAGUACAACUUUCUACACGCUGGGGAUCGCCUACAUUGACAACAAUGCGCCAGUUGCUAAGUCAGCUAUUUUUAUUGGAGUCAUUAACACUGUGACUACAGUUGGUGCUGCCAUGAGUGCAUUAGUUGGUGGAAGAAUGAUCCUCUACAUGUAUGUGGACUUUGACAGGGUGGACACGGACAGCUUGCCGUUCGGACCAGGGGACCAGCGUUGGAUUGGGGCGUGGUGGUUCGGCUUCAUCGUGUGCGGUGUCAUAACUAUGGUUGUCUGCCUUGUCAUAUCAGGCUACCCUAAACGGUUCCCAAACAGUCCUAAACGAAAGGAACUGGAAUCAGAGAAAAAGGAUGAGGAUCCCCAAAACUUAUUUCAAUUUCUCAAGAAAACGAUAACCGAUUUUCUUAAGGCUCUCUUUAAGCUUAUAUUCGACUUGGAGUUUGUGUUCAUCAGCAUCGGGUCGUCUAUAGAAGGUGUAGCCAUAGCUGGCAUGUCAAUGUUCAUCUUCAAGUUCGCCAGUCACGAGUUUGAUAUGGACUACGAAACAGCAGGGUACAUCAUAGGUGUCAAGGCUAUAGUGGCGUCCAGCGGCUACCUACUGGCCGGCUAUCUGAUCAAGCGUCUCAAGCUGGACUUGCUGGGAAUGGAGAGGGUGACCACUGGGCUGUACCUGAUCGUGUUGGUGUUUGGUCUCUCUAUGUUUGCUGCCUGUCCUGAUGUCCGCAUGAUUGGCCUGGAUCUGCCCUAUCCGGGAGAUAGCGAUGUGUCAGGGUUUCUUGCUUCCUGUCAAGGUCAGUGCCAGUGUCAAGGUCAGGACUUCAGCCCUGUUUGUAGCAGCGAUGGACUCGUCUACUUCUCACCCUGCCACGCGGGUUGUCUGGACAGUAGCAUGGAUGGUGAUGUGAUGACUUUCACCAACUGCAGCUGUAUAGCAGCUGGACUCAACACCAGUGUGACAGAUGCGCUGGCCACUGCGACCGCGGGCAAAUGUAGCACCGACUGCUGGCAGGUGUACCUCGUCAUGCCCUGCUUGUUUGUUAUGUACAUCGCCAUCUACUUAUGUGCUACUUUAACAGCUCUCAGUACACUCAGGUGUGUGGAUCCAGAUAUACAGCCCUUUGCUCUCGGAAUAAAGAUGAUAUUUGUAAGGGUGAUAGGUACUAUCCCAGCACCUCUGGUUGUGGGCGUGGUGGUAGACUCGGCCUGUGAGCUGUGGAGUGGGGCGGAGGGCGCCCAGUUCUGUCAGCUGUACGACAAGCAGGCCUUGGCUGUGGGAAUCGCCGUCAUGUGGCUCAGUGUCGGCCUCAUCGCUUGCAUCUUCAUGUUCCUGGCAUCACUUGUUAACCUGUGGAAGAAGAAGAGGAGGGCGGAGAGGAAGAGUGCCGAAAUGAACGACGCUGGCAGUCCUGAUGAAAAACAUAACGGAGAUGCGAAGAGUGGUGUUCAGGAAAGCCCACCAGAAUAACAAUUUAAAAAUAACUACAAGACUUGACACAUUCCAUUAUAACAGAUAACAUGUAACCCUCGAGUGGCAGUGAUGUACUAUAAAUAAUACGUUGCUCAAGUUA